UCAUCAUCAUUAUUUUAUUAUAUAUAAAAAAACUAAAACUUUGUUUGGGCUCGUUUAGGCUCGCAAGCCUAAACGAGCUUUGUAUAUCAGGCUCAAGCUCGGGCUCAAUAACUAAACGAGCUCUAUUUCAAGCUCGAGCUCGUUAAGGCUCGGCUCGUUCGAGCUUUUAACCGAGCCGAUCACGAGUAGCUCUCGAGCCUCUGGGCUUGUUUACACCCCUAGCGUAGCAUAUAGGUGCUAUAAAUAGUGGAUUUUUUUUAUUUAGAUGAUUAGUGAUGGCAUAUUUUUAGCACUUUUAUACAUAAUUGGUGUGUUAAAUAUAGUUUUUAUUUUUCUACCUCUUUUAUCGCUAAACAUAAAAUAGCAGGCGCUAUUUCGUUGCUAUGGCUAUGGUCCGCUAUUUGCUAUUGACAACUAUGUUACCAAUGCUUACUUGGAUUAUGUUCACUUUAAGUUGUCUAAAUAACAAAAUUUUAUGCCGAGAAUCACAGUGAAAAAAAUCUAUGUUCUUGGAUCUUAUGUGGUUUAUCCCUCUGAAAAGUCUGCUCGUCGUCGUUUGAAAUCGUUAAAUUUCACCAGCAAUGCACUUGCCAAUCACGAAAAGUACAGUAUCGAUUCAUCAGAAAACAUCAACUUAAUCGUUUCAAAGGUUAAAGCUGGACGAACCUACGAUGAAGUUUUUCACUCUCUAUUACAAGAUCAAGCUUGUAACACGAUACCCAUAUCUCAUAAUCUUGUUUCUCAGUUACUGUAUCGAUUCAAAGAUGAUUGGAAGUCUGCAUUAGGCGUGUUUAAAUGGGCGGAAUCACACGAAACAUACACACCGUCAUCAGACUCGUACGAAACAAUGCUGGACAUAUUAGGAAAAACGAAACAAAUGGAAAAGAUGAUGUCACUACUCGAGCAGAUGAAUCAACGUCAUCUUGUUACAAUCGGCAGUAUAGCAAAAGUCAUGAGAAGACUUUGCGGGGCCGGAAAAUGGGAAGAUGCGGUAAUAAUAUUUGACGAGUUGUGUAAAUUCGGAUUGGAAAAGAACACCGAAUCGAUGAAUCUUUUACUCGACACGCUCUGCAAAGAAAGUAAAGUCGAGCAGGCUCGUAAGAUUUUCUUGGAAUUAAAAUCAUGCAUCGCGCCUUCCGCUUAUACGUUUAACAUAUUUGUACACGGUUGGUGUAAAGUUAAUCGGGUCAUCGAAGCACAUUGGACUAUCCAAGAAAUGAAAGGGUACGGGUAUAACCCGUCGGUUAUAUCGUAUUCCACCAUCAUCGAAUCAUAUUGUCGCAAUUCCAACUUCAACAAGGCAUAUGAAAUGCUCGACGAAAUGCAAGCGCAAAACUGUCCUCCUAACGUUGUAACGUUCACCACCAUCAUGUGUUAUUUGAAGAAAAACGAGGAAUAUUAUGAAGCGUUACAGAUACCCGAGAAAAUGAAGUUUUACGGAUGCAAGCCCGAUACGCUUUUCUACAACGCGUUGAUUCAUACAUUAGCGAAAGCGGGACGGGUUCGAGAAGCUGUUGAUGUUUUCGAGGUUGAAAUGCCGAGUUCCGGUAUUUUUCCGGACACGUCUACGUUUAAUUCGAUGAUUACAAUGUUUUGUCAUCAUGGUAUGGAUCAAGAAGCGUUAAAUGUUUUAAAAAAGAUGGAAAGUUCGCAACUUUGCAGACCCGAUAUACAGUCGUUUAGUCCCUUACUCAAGAUGUGUUUUAGAAAGGGAAAGACCGAUGUGUUAUUGGGUAAUCUGUUGGAUGAAAUGGUCAAUAAGCAUCAUAUUAGCUUUGAUUUGGCUACGUACACUCUUUUGAUCCACGGUUUAUGUCGAGCGAAUAAAUGCGAUUGGGCGUAUGGGUUCUUUAAGGAGAUGAUAGAUAAAGAUAUUGCACCGAGAUAUUAUACGUGUGCUUUGCUUGUUGAUGAACUUAAGCAGAAGUAUAAUUAUGUUGCUGCUGAUCAUAUUGAAGGUUAUAUGAAGCAGAUGAAGUCAUCUUGAUCA